UUGCGCUCCCUUGAUGUGAAGUAUGUCUGCUACCGUGAAAAUGUGUUUUGUUCGCGAUCUCAGUUACAGUAUACUCUUUUUUGUGCAAUAUAUGUUUGCCCCCAUCGGCAGCGUAGAGCAUCACAUAGGAUCCAAAGUGAAAGCCGAAAAUGAGGAGAAAAGAAGGUGCAACUAUGACUUGCAAAUACUUUGGCAUACUGAUGUGGGGACAUCACCGUUUGCUGCAGUUCCUCUCAUAGCUGAUGUAGAUGGUGAUGGGGGACUAGAUAUUGUAGCAGCUCCAUUCACUGAAGCCAUUACUGUUGUGGAAGGUGACAGUGGCAAGACAUUAAAAAAUACACAUUGGCCUUUGCACAAUUUGGACAGUACUUUUCAUGCUAGUCCCUUACAGUUUGACAUCGACGGAGAUGGUCUGCUUGAUAUAGUUUUGGUGACGUCAAUCGGGGAGAUAAUCUUCUACAGACACAAUGGAGAGUUGUUAAAGGAGUUUUCAUAUCAAUUGCCUCCUGUGUAUGUGAGAGCAUACUGGCAUCACCAGAGAGUCUCUGUGCCAUUUGAAGAAAUAGGAAACUUUGUCUCACAGGAUGGGGGUAAAGACGAUGUAAGUGUUGAUGUCCAUGUCUAUGCAACCCCUGUCCUCAUCGAUAUUAACAGAGAUGGACAGACAGAAGAGUUGAUUGUUCCUACAACCCACAUGAUUGUCAAGGAGGAUUAUGAUCUACCACCUCAAGAUGCAGACAAAUUUGUUGUGGGAGGUGUUGCCAUCGUAAAUCUGACAGCCCUAUAUGAGUCUAGAAGAAGUAGCCUGCCUGUAAAUAUUUUGUCACAGUUCAGCCUUGAGCUUACACAGGUGCUGUCUGAGUUUCCUGCAUUCAACCUGUUUUCUCCAACUGUAAUUAACCUUGAUGGCGAUGGGGGAGAGAUGGAGGUCAUCACAGCUUUAUCAACAGGCAACAUCCAUGCCUUUUCUCCAUCCUCCAUUCAUGUGUCUGGCCAGCGGAAAGGAUUUCCUUUGUCUCACAAUACUAUCCAUGGACAGGUAACAGUGACAGAUGUUGACAGUGAUGGGAAGCUGGAGCUGAUUGCUGUGGACACAAGUGGGAAUGUCUUGUGUUUCCAAGCUGAUGGUUCAACACUGUGGUCAGCAGAAGCAUCUGGGACCAGCAGUCCUGGUAGUCGCAUUGUUGACACAAACAUGGAUGGAAUACUGGAUGUUGUUGUGCCAACCAGCGAAGGUGACAUUUAUGUUUUUAAUGGCACAAAUGGGCAACUCUUACCAAAAUGGCCAGUGAAGAUUGGCAAGCGAGUGGCUGCCAAUAUUCUAGUGACACGUUUUCGGCCUAUGAAAGGACCACCAGACAUCGUAUUUGUGGCAGACGAUGGCAGCCUUCACAUCAUUGCUGGUGACCUGAGCUGCCAAACGCACAUCAGCUUGGAGGAAACCUCUUUUGUCGAAGUAGUCUCACAAGACCUUGUGCCACUGCGUGAUGGACUUGAACUACUUGUGUCAACAAAAGAUGGCAGUCUUAUUUGUCUUGGGUCAUUGAGAGAAUCUCCUCUGGAAACAUUAAUAGAAGACUCCCCUAGAAAAAAUGCACAGUUUCGAGCCUGGCCAGGAUCACUGAAGAGUCCCAAUGAUUUUUCGUUUCACAGAAAAGAAGCCCUUCCUGUACAUCAGCUCGGUGACACGUGACCAACAAGAAGUCACUGGCAGUAGUUUUCCCAUUGUGUUUGAGAUAGCCGACUUAUCCACUACAAAAGAACAGACAUAUGAAGUUCAGGUAGCCUAUGGUCGCCACAUAUUAGCCAAACAGGUGUAUCAUUUAGCUGGACAAUAUGAACUAAAUAUUCCUGUAUGGCCAGAGCCAGGCAAAGGUCAUGUGACUGUUUUUCUGAUCAAUCGACAUGGGCAGAUAUCUUCUGACACCAUCGUUCUCAGAUUUAAUCAAUUGAUUCUUCAAGAUAUCCAGUGGCUGGUUCUAGCCCCCUUUGUUGCUAUGGUGAUCACACUUUUAGUGAGCCAUGGUUUUCCAGCCAAAGAUUUAUUACCAGUGACUUUGCCAUCAAAAAAGGAGAUGACAUGGAUAAUACUAUAUAAUGUUUGUGUGUAUAUGUUUGUAUGAAGUGUGUGUGUAGGCUUGGGGUGGGAGGUGGAAGAGAGCAAAGAAUGUAUUCCAUUUCUGUGUGUGUAUACUUGCUUGUAGGCUGCUCCAUGUAUAUAUAUGUAUGUAUGAGAAUUUUCUUCUAAAUGAAUUCCUGGUAACAGACCUUCAUGCAUUAUAUUUAAACCUCAGUUAUCUGUAUGAUUUGAAAUGCUAAGAGUUGUUGGAACUGUUUCGAUUGUGAGAUGGAAAUGUGAGAAAAA